GUGCUUACAGCGGAAGUUGCAAGCGGGUGGAAAAAAGAGGACGGUUGAAGCAGGCAAGUAGAGAAUUGGGGCUCCUGGAGGGUGCAGUGCAUAUUUCUUUCCUCAGAGGCUACCUUAACUUUCAGGAGCAGAUUGAAUGAGCAUGCACAGGGUGAUGGAAUAUUAAGAAUGCAUUCUUCUAAAAGAACACUACUGGAUCCACUGCAUAAUUCUUAAACAUGGACCUUAACAAUUCAGACCCUGCUUCUUGUUUCAGAAUCUAAAAAAAUAAUUUUUAAAAAGUCAUUGGCUUUCUUUAUCAAUGAACUUCAGGCAUUAUGCAGCAGACUUUAGAAAUUGCACUGGAUCGUGCUGAGUAUAUCAUUGAAAGUGCUCGUCAGAGGCCUCCAAAACGAAAAUAUUUGUCUGGUGGGAGAAAAUCAGUAUUUCAAAAGUUAUAUGAAUUGUAUCUAGAGGAAUGUGAUAAGGAGCCUGAAAUAAAGCAGAAGCUGAGACGAAAUGUGAACUUGUUGGAGAAGCUAGUUAUGCAAGAGACGUUGUCAUGCUUAGUAGUGAAUCUUUAUCCAGGAAAUGAGGGGUAUUCCUUGAUGCUCAGAGGAAAGAAUGGCUCAGAUUCAGAAACCAUUCGGCUUCCUUAUGAAGAAGGAGAAUUACUUGAAUAUUUGGAUGCUGAAGAGUUGCCCCCUAUUUUAGUUGACCUCCUUGAAAAAUCUCAGAUUAAUAUUUUCCAUUGUGGAUGUGUCAUAACAGAAAUACGUGACUACAGACAGUCUGGCAAUCUGAAAUCUCCAACAUACCAAAGCAAACACAUUCUUUUGCGCCCAACAAUGCAGACCUUGAUUUGUGAUGUGCAUUCCAUUACAAGUGACAACCACAAGUGGACACAGGAAGACAAGCUUCUACUAGAAAGUCAGCUUAUACUGGCAACAGCAGAACCUCUGUGUCUAGAUCCAUCAAUUGCUGUUACAUGCACAACAAACCAACUUUUGUAUAAUAAACAGAAAAUGAAUACUCGCCCAAUGAAACGAUGUUUCAAGAGAUAUUCCAGGUCAUCUCUGAAUCAUCAGCAGGAUGUGUCUCAAAGCACUAUUCCACCACAGUUCAAGCUGUUUGAUUAUUUACAAAAAAGAAAGGAGAGGAGAGGAAGCCAGCAGUAUGAUCUCAAAAUUUGCAAAGCUGGAAAUUGUGUUGAUAUGUGGAAACAGAAUCCCUGCUAUUUGACUGCACCAUCUGAAGUAGAUGUGGAAAAAUAUGCUAAAGUGGAAAAAUCCAUCAAAUCUGAUGACUCACAACCAAGUGUCUGGCCGAUUCAUGAAGUGAAAGAUGAUUACGUCUUUGAAUGUGAAAGUGGCAAUUAUUUUCAGAAAACAAAACUGACAAUUUUUCAGUCACUUGGAAAUCCAUUAUACUAUGGUAAAAUACAAACUCUUAAAAAUGAUGAAGAUAAUGAAAGUCCAACAACUCUAUCACAUUUUCUUAUUGGCUCAAAGUCAGAAGCAGAAAGAGUAGUCAAUCAGUACCAGGAGCUGGUUCAAAAUGAAGCUAAAUGUCCUGUGAAGAUUUUUCAUAACUCAAGUGGAUCAAUCCAUCUCAGUCAACUUUCUCCUGGAAAGGAAAUAGAACAACCUGAGGCUGUGUCAGGUUAUAUUCAGUCUUCAGUGUUGGGGAAAGGUGUGAAACACAGACCACCUCCCAUCAAGCUACCUUCAAGUUCAGCAAGCAGUUCUUCAGGUAAUAUUUUUAGUCCACAGCAGUCAAGCAGUCAUCUCAAAUCCCCAACUCCUCCUCCUCCUCCUGCUCUUCCUCCUCCUAAGCCUCCCUGUGUGUCCCGGAAGCAAUCUCUGGAUCUGAAUCAAUUGAGCAUGCUUUCUUCAGCUUCUGUGUCUCCUGCAAGUGCUUCACAAAGGUCUGGAACUCCUAAGCCAUCUACUCCUACUCCAACCAACACCCUUUCAUCGACCCCACACCCUGCUGAUGCUCAGAGCUCAACUCUGAUUACCCAUUCUGCUACCCUUACUCCCCAAGAUUCAGGCUUCACCCCUCAGCCCACUUUGUUAACCCCGUUUGCUCAGCAGCAAAUGUCUCUGAGCCAGGCACUGCCUGUAAUGACCAUUCCUCUUUCCACCAUGGUAACUUCCGUUACUACAGGAACAUCCUCCAACCAGGUCAUGACAAACACUGCAGGACUUAAUUUCAUCAAUGUAGUGGGCUCUGUGUGUGGAACACAAACAUUAAUGAGUGGUUCAAAUCCCAUGUUGGGGGGUAAUACUGGUGCAGUCACCCCUGCAGGUAUAAACCUGAGUAAUAUUUUACCAUCAGGAAAUCUGGUGCCAAAUGCACUGCCUGCUGCAAUGCAGCCUGCCUCUCAGCCAGCAGGUGGCCCUUUUGGUUUAAAAAAUGCUCCAGGCCUUCGCCCAUUGAAUCUUCUACAGGUAUGAUGAUACACUGAGGACUGUUUUUCUGUAUGAUUUCUCAAGAUGUGUGAGUGGGGAAAUUAGAUGGAAAUACAAGUAUUUUAAUAUCCUUUGAUUAAUUAGUAAAGCAUAUUAUCCUGUUGAAAAUAUGGAAGGAUAUAUGUCUCUCUUGACAUGAGGUUGGAAAAGUAAUGUGAAAAUAAAAGAGAGGAAAUUUUCAUCACCAAACUUUGAGGCAAGGACAUUGUGGACCUGGAAAGCCAAUUCUUUAUUUAAAAUCUGCAAAAAUAUGCGGAUUUUGCAGUAGCUGGGGUUAGGGGAAGCUCCCUCUUUUCAGCUAUCUCUUCUUCUCCCACUGCCCCUGUUGUUAUUAUUUAUUUAUUUAUUUAAAUUUAUUGGCUGCCCAACUCCAGUGGACUCUAAUGUUGGGAUUCUCAUUGAGUUAUCCAUGCCUUCAUUACAUCCUGACUUGAUAAGUACAUUGCCCUCUAUGUGGGCCUACCUUUGAAAUGUGUCUAGAAGCAUACUUAAGUAUAUAGCUGAUAAUUUGUACACAAUGUUGGCAGUGCUUUUAAUCUUUAAAAUGGCUUGGAGUUUAAUUAUUGGAUGGACUGUCUAACUCAAUACUAUUUUAUUUGGACAUUGAGGUCAUGAGGAGAGGGCUCUUAAAAUUUCCUUACUUUCUGAGAUACAACUUUGGGCACAUGGAGAAGGUCUUCUCCUGUAUUGCUCCUAAGCUAUGACAUGCAGUCCCUUCAGAGCUGCACUCAGACUUAACUCUUUCUGCUUUCAGAAAAUAUGGAAAGACUUUCCUCUUCUGCUGUGUCUUUUCAGGUUGAGUUAAAUAAUGACUUUAACUGCUUUUAUAAAAUUGUGUUUGCUACUGUUAGUGCUCUGUAAACAAAAAGGUGAAACUUAAUUAAGUACUGCUAUUUCAGAAAGAAAAGUGGAUGAGGUAGUUGUAUGAGAAAUCCAACAAACUAGCUAAAACACUCUGCUCAGCACUUGCUCAACUGCACCUCUUAUUCCUUCUUCCAGCUGUUUAAAAGAUUCCAGGCUUUGGUCUAUUCUAAAGUAAACACAUGAUUUUUACUUAAUGGGGUAUAGAAUUAGUUGAUGUAGGUGAUAUGAAUUCUGUGUGUAUGUAUGUUUAUGAUUGUAUAAAGUUUCUUGCUGCAGAAAACGCUUUGGUCACUUUGAUUUGGGCUUGCUUAGUGUGAAUUUGCUCAAUAUAAAGUACAGUCCCCCCCAAUGUUCUUGAAGUGGGAAGGAGCUAAGGGUACUGGGUUGUUCACAAAUAUGAAUUCUAAAUUAAUUCUAUACAUUUGUGUGCAUCACAGAAAAAUUAUGCAACUCUACAACACCUAAUAUCUCUUUAAACUUGAACAGCUUCCAGGUGGCUCACUGAUAUUCAACCCUCUCCAGCAGCAGCAGCAGCAGCAGCAGCAGCUCUCCCAAUUUUCAUCUCAGCAGCCUACAACUUCUAGU